AUUUUAUAUAGACAUUGAUGGAACAUAUAUAUAACUGAAAUGGUUGUUUAGAAUUAAAAGGAUAUUUUUUUUCUUUUGAAUAAGUAUCGUGAUCUCGAGAUGGAUUAUAAAGUAAUUAUCAUUCUAACAUAUUUAAGUUUGUGUUAUUGUCAUACUGGGGACACAUCUAAAUACACGUCAAAAGAUAUUGGACAACUUGUGGAAAAUUGGGAAUCAAAGUUUGUUGAUGUUUAUAAACAGUUGGAAAUUGUUAAUUUGGAGUUGCAGAAACAGGUUGCAAUAAACAAGGAAUUUCGGGAGAAACUGGCAAUUCAAGAACAGAUUACUGAAAACUCAAAUGGUCAAAGAGAUUUAUCGUCCAUAAUAAGAAAAGGUCGUCAAGAAGGGGAGAACGUGGCCUUCACAGCAUUCUUGGACCAUGAAAUAACAAACCUAGGUCCGGACCACACAAUACAGUUCGGAGCAGUUGAGCUUAACGAAGGCGGUGCAUACAGUAACCACACCGGUGUUUUCACGGCUCCAGUGGACGGUGUUUACCUGUUUUCGUUCGCUGUUGAAGAUUACCAUCCCCACAGACUGUGGGCCAAACUGGUUGUUGACAGUCAGCUGAAGGCAAGUGUUGUAUAAUGGCCAGGAGAAGGUCAAAACAAUAAAAAUGCACAAGGAAGUAACACAGUGGUGCUGAGAUUAAAAUCGGGACAGGCCGUCUGGGUUGCAGUCGACUCCCGAGAUUCGGGUGAAAGCCUCCAAGGAUGGUCCAAUCUACGGUCAACGAUGUUCACGGGUGUCUACCUAUAUCCAUGAACUUUUGUGAAACGGAGAAUAAAUAAUAAAACAGUA